AGCCAGGCUACGAGUGAAAGCACUCCUGCCAUCCCAUUGAUGAUGUCAAGCAUGGGGACGACCUUUGCCCCGAUCACCGCUGUAGGAUCGAUUGGCAUGAUCCCAAUCAUGUCAACCCCUACUCCUACGCCGACAACGACAAUGUUCCCAGGCUCGAUAACAACGCCUGGUGGAGCAUUCACGCCAUACCCGUCAGCUUGGGCUCAGUUUGCUGCUAACCCGGCAAAUGCUCAGGCUCUGCAGGGCUAUCAACAGGUGGUGGCCAUGAUGCAACAAGCAGGGGGCUUCAUGCCAUUUGCCUAUCCUGGCAUGACGCCGCCGAUCAUGCCACCUCCGGUGUCAACCCCGUCGACAUUUGUACCUAGGAUGGUCCCUAUACGCCCGGUAAAUCUGACGGGGACCAUGAACGAGGCAGCACCCUCAAAUGUCCAUGAGGUCGAUGAGGCGGAGCAAGAGACGGCCCGCAGAAGGAAGGGUAAGGCUAUAGCCAAACCCAGCAAGACCCGAGAUUCGGCGUUCAAACGCCUAGGGGACAAAGAGGAUGGGCCCCGCAAGUCUGCCAAGCUACGUCUUGGUCCUGAGACGGGCCGGACUAGCGCAAUGGAAAGACUUGGAGGGAAUCGUCCCGCCCAAUCCCGUCGUUCUAGGAAAUCUGAGACGAUUCACCUAGACGAGGAGGAGGCUGAAAGCCAGCCCAGGGCAUCGGCAUAUACCAGGCUCUCAUAUGAUGAGGAUGACCUGGACAAGAUAGGGAGCGUAGCGAGAAAGCUACGUGCCCUGGAGGAAAAGGUGGACGAGAAGGCGGGAGCAAAGAAGCACACCCUGGCCAAAUCACCCUUUUCGGCCAGGGUACAUGCACAAAAAUUGAGGCGGAAGGUCAAGCUGGAUGUGGAGAAAUUCACCGGAAAGGAGGAUCCAAAUAUCCACCUUGACACCUUCCACAAUGCAGCACAGAUGGCCGGGUGCACUGAUGCUGAGGAAUGCUUGCUCUUCUUCUCAUCCUUGAGAGGGAGACCAGUGGAAUGGUUUAACGGCCUUCCCCAUGGAAAGAUUGGGUCCUUUGAGAAACUUGCUGAAGUUUUCCGCAAGAAGUACCAGGACAACUGCAUCAAGAGGAAGAAGUUCACCUACCUUAACACGGUAGGGCAAAGGGAGAAGGAAUCCUUGACUCAAUUCUUAACCCGCUGGAGGGACGAGGUUGACAAGGUAGAAGAGAUGGACGAUAAGACGGCCAUGUCUUUACUGAUGAAUGCCUUCCGGUCAGGUGACCUCUACACUGAAUUCUGUAGAAGGCCACCCUCCUCUUAUCAGGAAGCCUACAAUACGGCAUGGGAGUAUGCCGAGGCGGAAGUCCUGAACAAAAGCAAGCGGGAGCUGGAAGAAGGCUACACNGAAGGUCACAAAUCCUCCUCUAUAAAUAUGAUGAUAUUGGAUAGAGGAGGGACCAAUUCUUUCUCUCACUAAAAAUAGUACACUCUUGAGACAGAGUAAGAAAUAUAAUUCGGACUG